AUGGAUGGCAAUGCCCACGAGUUCUCGAGAGUCUGGGAUUUGGGCUAUUUGGAAGUGUAUGGACUGAUCUGCCCCGGCGGGAGCUUGUUGCUUGAGUCGACGUGCGCCAUCAGCGAUGAUGAUGAUUUCAUUUCUAUCUCGACCUUCAAAUGUCAACUCUACUGUCAGUCUCAUCUUCUUCCUUUCCCUCUUGGUGUCAUCUGCGACCACUCGACACUCCCGCCGUCCGAAUGCGAGGGAUAUGAAGUACCCAUGAUCUUCCUCGCUCGCAUAUCUGAAGGAUUGGCCCCCUCAUUGGCCUUUCGCUUCGUUUCCUUCCUGUUGAUCUUUCUGCUAUGUUGCUUUGAGCUCGUCGUCGCAGAAGUCGAUUCCGAGUUCAAAUCCCUAAUCGAUCAUCUCCGGCGCUAUUUCCAGAGACCCGAUCUAUUUCCCCCGGUCUUCACCAUUGAAAAAAGCGUACCGAACAAACUCAGUCCGGGGUACAUCUUUCUCGGACCAUACGAGGCGGAUAAUUCGGGGCCAUAUAUCUAUGAUACUGAAGGGAAUCUAGUAUGGAGCGGCUGGGGUAAUUCGGGGCCAGGAAAUGCCCAUGGCAUGCACGUGUGCAAGUACAAGGGAGCGAACCACCUGUGCUUCUUCCAAGGAAUCCAGCAGAAUGGGUAUUGCAGGGGUCAUGGCGUCAUUAUGGACAACCGGUAUCGCAUUGUCAAGACCGUCACCCCAGGGGGAGGGAUGGCGUCGAGCGAUAUGCACGAGUUCCGGCUGGUCAAUGAUGGCAAGACGGCGCUGAUGACGGUCUACCAACAGCGGCAGUUCGACAUGAGCCUCUGGAAUGUCAGAACGGGUAUGGGCUGGUUGAUGGAGAGCAUCUUCCAGGAGAUCGAUGUGGAAACGAACCAAGUCCUGUUCGAAUGGCGAUCUCUGGACCACGUCGACCCGUCCGUCAGUUACACCUACCCGUCGCACACGGACACCUCUGGCACUGGGUUCGAGCCACGCUCGCCGUGGGAUUAUUUCCAUAUCAACUCGGUCGACAAGAACAACGACGGCGACUAUCUUAUUUCUUCGCGCCAUACGAGUUGCAUCUACAAGAUCUCGGGCAAGGACGGCUCGGUCAUGUGGCGCUUGCACGGCGCCAAUCCGUCCUUCAAGAACAUCAACUUUAGCUUCUCGCAGCAACACGAUGCGCGCUGGCUCGGCGAGAACGCCACCCAUACGCUUCUGUCCCUGUACAACAACGGCUACAACGGCUUCAACCAGACGCAUCCCUAUUCGUCCGGCAUGAUUAUCCUCAUUGACCAUGUAGCCAAGACGGCGACACAGGUCCGCGAAUACAAGCCCCUGAAUGACGACAUGAUCAGCUCCAGUCAGGGGAAUAUGCAGGUGCUGCCGAACCGGAAUGUGUUGAUCGGGUGGGGGAACAAUGCGUAUAUCUCCGAGCACGAUGAGCAAGGCAGGCUGGUCUUUUGGGGUUACAUCGACAAGGAUCGGAUCAUGAACUACCGGGCCCUGAAGUUCGAGUGGGAGGGCAAUCCGACCGACGUGCCCGCUCUGUGGACCUAUUCCAGGACCAACGAUGGCUUCUCUCCGACCACCUUCUACGUGAGCUGGAACGGCGCAACGCGCGUGAAGCACUGGCGUUUCUACGGCGCCACGAACUCGACCGGCCCCUACGAGUUUCUGACACAAGUCGACAAACGCGGAUUCGAGACCACGUACACCAACUCGACCUUUUACCUCUGGUCGUACGUGGAAGCAGUCGACGGCCAGGGAAGAGUUCUGGGCAAGUCCCGGAACCAGUUCACCUUUAUCCCGUCGCCGGACCUGCAAGGCUAUUGCGCGGAUGAUUUCUGCAGCAAAGCACAAGCAUACGGCUUGCCUGGUGAGAUCGACCCGAAACCGUUCAUCCCCCCUGUGGGAAUCAACUCCGUUCCUUGGAUAGACCCGGAACAUCCAGAAUCGCACUACAACCUGGGACAACCCGGCGCACCAGCCCCUACAUCCGCUCCGCAAGGUGCCAAGGGGUUACAUGGACAAGCCGGAUGGGUCGUUCCUGUGAUGGGGGUGGCCCUCGCGGCCAUUGGGGUGUUUUUGAUCCUGCGGGUCAACCGCCGACAGCGGCAUUUGCAUCGAGCAAAAGAGCGCAACUCAUCCGAGUCCUUGCACGAGCAUGAAUCAAAAGCUUCCACCGGUGCAGCUGGAUUGCGCUGGUGGGACUGGCGACGAUGGAUCGCCUCGCACGACGAACCGCAUCAUUACUUUCCAUUAGCGGAACAGAGGCCGUCAUCACUACCUUAG